UUCGCGUGGUCCGAAACCCCGCCUUUCUGUGUACUACGUAAGCACACAGUUGGCGCGUGGUACGCAUCGUUUGAAAAAGUGUUCAUUGUAGCCUACUAUUGUUACAAGCUACAAAAUAAAGCUUUCCCCGAUGGAUCGAGCCUCCAAGCGCAGGCAGGUGAAGCCCCUGGCUGCCUCGCUUCUAGAUGUCCUGGACUAUGACAGCUCAGAUGACAGCGAUUUUGAAGUGGGAGAUGCAGAUGCUACGGGGUCAGAGGGUACAGGGAACGGUAGCGAUGACGAGGGCUCUAAAGACAGCGUCGGAGGUGCAGACAGUGACUCGGAUCCUGCCGUAACUCCAGACGAAGAGGCCAUUGAUGAUGAUGAGAAGGAGCUUAAAGAGGAUGUGCAAGAAGAAGAGAAAGUCAAGGACCAACCUUCCUCUGAGGAAAGUGGCAAAAAAGAACCAGUCUCUAAAAAUCGCAAGAAAGCCGAAAAGACCUCAGACUCGGAGCCCAACGGGAGCAGCACGGUGGAAGAAAGCCCUAAAAAGUGGAACCUACGGAGAAACAGGCCCAUGCUGGACUUCACCACGAUGGAGCAACUAAACGAGAUGGACGAUUACGACAGCGAGGAUGAUAACGACUGGAGACCAACCUCUGGAAAGAAGAAAAACAAAGCCGGCGGGAAGGAGAAAGAAGGGAGCGAAGAUGAGGGAGAGGAAGAAGGCAGCGCAGAGGAGGAGGACGACGGCGACGACGACGAGAACGAGGAUGACGACAACAACGACGACGAGAACGAGGAUGACGACGACGAGAGCAGCAGCAGCAGCGACAGUGAAGUGGCAGUUAAAAAAGCCAGGAAAAAAGCCAGCAAGAACACCAGAGCGUUCGAUGAGGAGGAGACCAACGACAGCCAUAGCACAUCUCAAGGAAAGGGAAACGAGGACUCUUUGGUGGAGCGAGCUCAGGUUUGGACCUCACAGAGGAUGGAGCACAUUCUGAUCUGCUGCGUCUGUCUGGGAGACAACAGCGAGGACACAGACGAGAUCAUCCAGUGCGACAACUGCGGCGUGACCGUGCACGAAGGCUGCUACGGGGUUGACGGCGAGAGCGACUCCAUCAUGAGCUCGGCCUCGGAGAACUCCACAGAGCCGUGGUUCUGCGAUGCCUGUAAAAAUGGUGUGAUGCCCAGCUGCGAGCUCUGCCCCAGUCAGGAUGGGAUCUUUAAAGAGACAGAUGCUGGAAGGUGGGUGCAUGUUGUAUGUGCGCUCUACGUUCCAGGAGUGGCGUUCGGAGACAUCGACAAACUACGGCCUGUAACGCUGACAGAAAUGAACUACACUAAGUACGGUGCCAAGGAGUGCAGUCUGUGCGAGGACGCCCGCUUCGCCCGAACAGGAGUGUGUAUCAGCUGUGACGCUGGCAUGUGUCGCUCCUACUUCCACGUGACGUGUGCCCAGCGUGAGGGGCUGCUGUCUGAGGCGGCUGCAGAAGAGGACAUAGCCGACCCGUUCUUCGCCUAUUGUAAGCAGCACGCCGACCGAUUCGACAGGAAGUGGAAGAGGAAGAACUACCUGGCGCUCCAGUCCUACUGCAAAGUGUCAUUGCACGAGAGAGAGAAGCAGCUGACUCCUGAAGCCCAGGCCAGGAUCAACACGCGGCUGCAGCAGUACCGGGCGAAGGCAGAAGUGUCUCGGAAUGCACGUCCUCAAGCGUGGGUGCCCAGAGAGAAGCUCCCGCGUCCGCUCACCUCCAGUGCCUCGGCCGUGAGAAAGCUCUUGCGCAAAGCUGAGCUCAUGGGGAUCAGCACGGACGUGUUCGCCACGGACACUGCAGACGCAAGCGCCAGCCUGGACGGACGCCGGAAACACAAACAGCCUGCGCUCACCGCUGAUUUCGUCAACUAUUACCUCGAGCGGAACAUGCGGAUGAUCCAGAUCCAGGACAACAUCUUGGAGCAGAAGAACCUGAAAGACAAACUGGAGAGCGAGCAGGAGAAGCUGCAUGUGGAGUAUAACAAGCUCUGUGAGUCUCUGGAGGACCUACAGAAUGUCAACGGGCUGCUGAGGAACGAAGGCCAGUCCAUGUGGAGCAUGCUGGGAAACAUCCUCGGACAGAAACUGAACUCUCCAGCUGUUUUAAAGCCUCCCAAAGAGAGAAAGCCAAGCAAGAAGGAAGGUGGAAGUCCAGGGAAGUCCAGCAGUCUCCCAGCAGUGCUCUACAGCUGUGGGAUCUGUAAGAAGAACCAAGACCAGCAUCUCCUGUUACUGUGCGACACAUGCAAGCUUCACUACCACCUGGGCUGCCUGGAUCCACCUCUCACCCGCAUGCCCAAGAAAACCAAGAAUAGCUACUGGCAGUGUUCUGAGUGCGACCAGGCCAGCAGUGAUGAGGCAGACAUCGCCAUGGAGACGCUUCCCGAUGGCACCAAGAGGUCCAGAAGACAGAUCAAAGGGCCAAUCAAAUUCAUCCCUCAGGACAUGUCACCUGAGCCGAAAAAACUUCAGCUGAGGGGCACGAGAACCCGGGGCCAGAAGAGGAAAAGGGUGUCUAUCUGCGAAGAAGAAAAGAUAGAGGAACCGGCACCGCGGGAACGAAGGCAGCGGCAAUCGGUGCUGCAAAAAAAACCUAAAGCUGACGACACUAGGACGGAGUGUACAACCUGCAAAGGGCCUGGCGACAACGAGAACCUCGUUCGGUCGUGAGAGCCGGGCGCCACCUCUCCCACCUCACCUACGCUCCUCCCUAAAAAAUCUGGGGACAGAUGAGAGAGGGACAGAGAGAGGGAGAAAGAGAAAAGAGAGAGAGGCAGAUUAAGUCGUUACGAAAAGCGGCAUCCAGGUCGGGGCAGGAAGUUCGCAGACGACGGCCUCCUCUGACCGUCUCCUUUGACAUCACUUCCUGCUCAGAACCAUGGAAUUUAACACGUUGACUCUUUUGGGCCACAGAGAAACUUUCAGGAGCUAAAGCACUUUUUUUCUUUCUUUCUUUCUUUUUUCAAAUUUCAUAUUACACAUGGAAUUGAAAACUUGGGAAUUAAAGGGAUUUUAAAGGGUGCCGCAGUGGAUUCUAUAAGAGGACUAAGAGGAUCUUGUGGACUUUUAGGUAGGCAUUUUGGAUGGAGAUGUUAAAGUUUACGAACGUGUACUGGACAGUAUCUCUGACGCUGGAGGUGUUGCUGCUUGUGCUUUGGAUUCAUGUAAUGGGGAAACUUUCCAGCUGUUAUCAAGCAGUGCUUCAAGUGGCCUUUGUGCAAUCCUGGCCAAUUCUGGACAAUUCCGUGCAGCCCUCUCUUUUUCUUCUUUGCCUGCCAUCUUUCUGCAAUCCCUUGUUUUUAACCUGAAUGUUGUCUAUUCUCUCUGUUAACACAUGUUGAUUGCUUUAGAACUGAACCCUGUGCUGCUCUCAUUUCUUAUUGCCUAUGCUAUGUGAAAUAGAAUGUAGUGAGUAGAGAAAUCGAAAAAAAAACAACAGUAUUUCUUUCUUGUAGAUUAUAUAUUUACUUACUCUAUAUCAAUAUGACAAGUGAUAUUUACAAUGUAGUUCAUAAUGAUCAGUCGAGAAAAUAAUUAGACGGUUUAGCAAGCUCUAUGUGCGUGUGUAUGUGUGUUUCUGGUAUUGCUUACUUCUUUAUUUUUGCCAUGUGUAGGCAGAAUUGUGAUGUGCCCUUACGAUGGCUCACACAGUGCUUUUUGACAGCUCUGCUGCCUUAUAUUCUGUCGCGAUAGCUAGGAAUUGUCCCCAUGUGGGAUUCUUACGUCUUCAUGCCCUUUAAUAUGGUCGCCAUUAAGUGCAAGACAUGGUAACAAACCGAAACUGCAAAUCAGAGAAUGCUAUGAUAAAACUUAAACUUUACAAGAAAAAAAAUCUAGUAGUUUAAUCUAGCAAAAAUUGCAACAGCAAACAGCUUUCCUGUGGUAUAUAUAGGUUUGCUGUAGGAUUAGUUUUGCUGUAGUCUAUAGGUUUGCAGUAGUGUUAGUUUUGUGUCAGUAGUUUUUCUGUAAAGUCUUUAGCUUUGCUGUAGAGGCUGUAGUUUUGCUGUAAAGUCUUUAGCUUUGCUGUAGAGGCUGUAGUUUUGCUGUAAAGUCUUUAGCUUUGCUGUAGAGGCUGUAGUUUUGCUGUAAAGUCUUUAGCUUUGCUGUAGAGGCUGUAGUUUUUGGUGUAUAGUCUGUAGUUUAGCUGUAAUGUUUAUAGUUUUGCUGUAGAGCCUGUAGUUUUUCUUUAUUACCUGUAGUUUUGCUGUAAUGUUUAUAGUUUUGCUUAUAGUUUGCUUAUAGUUUAUGUUUAUAGUUUUGCUGUAGAGCCUGUAGUUUUGCUGUAAUGUUUAUAGUUUUGCCGUAGAGUCUGUAGUUUUUCUUUAGUGCUUGUAGCUUUGCUGUAGAGUCUGUAGUUUUGCUGCAAUGUUUAUAGCUUUGCUGUAGAGUCUGUAGUUUUGCUGCAAUGUUUAUAGCUUUGCUGUAGAGCCUGUAGUUUUGCUGUAAUUUUUUUCUAGUUUUGCUGUAGUCUGUAGAUUGUAGAUUGUCUGUACUUUUUUGUUUUGCUGUAGUGAUUUUAGUAUUUCUGUAGUGUCUGUAGAUUUGCUGUAGUUUUGCUGCAGUUUCCCAAAUGUUCUUAGUUAUAGUGUGUUUUCUGAUUUUCACUUUUGGUUUGUUAAUGUGUUGUGUACUUUCCGGCCACCAUACUUGAAACUUUUCCAGCAAACGUUGUCAGCUUAGACUGAAUCUAUCUAUCUAGCUAGCUCUCCAUUUUCAGUAGACUUGCAUGGUUUAUAUCAUACUAUUUGUUUACAUCCUAUUGAAGAACGAUUGCUGAUUUUCUUUCCACUACGAUGAAGGUGUUUAGAAGCUCUGACUUGCAUUUUAUGUUCACAUCCAAGAUAGCUGUAUGUAAAUUGCAUACUGUAGGAUAUUAUAUGGUGUGACAUUGUGACCCAUUUUGUAAUGGAUGUUGCACCAGUUGAGCAGUUGUGUAUUUUUCAUGUGCCUAUCAUGCCAUCAUUAUCAUCUGUGAUUGAUUUUGAAAACAAAACAAAACAAAAACCUUUUUGCACUCAUUUUAAAAUGGAAUCUUUAAAUUAUUUAUGUAUUUAUGUCAGUUUUUAUUAUUCUCCUAACCAUUUUAAAUCUUAAAGUGUGUGUGUGUGUGUGUGUGUGUGUGUGUGUGUGUGUGUGUGUGUGUGUGUGGGGUCCCCGAGCUGUGGCCUCGGCAUUGUGCGAGCUGUAAUAAACUCUUGACUUUUUCACCUUA